CGAGCGCAGCCUGCAGGCCGGAAGAAGCGGUGCGGCGGCCGCUUGAAAAUUUAGCUGACCCAGGGGCGGCCGCAGUAGCUCCGGCCCGCGGAGGCUGGCGAUGCGGCCACGGGGAAGGUUACCGCGUGCUUUCUGAUAGCCGAUUUUUAAAGUCAGGGCUUGAAAGAACAAACAAAAUCUGGGGAAGAGUCAGGAAUACACUGCCGGAAAUCGUGGUAUCCAUAGAGACGCUAUCGGAAGUUGGGGUUGCUAGGAAGCCGCGGCGCGUCCGCUAAGCUGCAAAUGGCUGAAGUCCCGGAGGAUUACGAUUCCGGCCCAGAUGAAGAUGGAGAGCCGGAGUCUGAGAGGCCUGAACUUCAUAAAUCAUAUGAAAAUGCCGAACGAGACACCAUGGCAGAGGCAGACUCGAAGUUACCAGCAGAGAUUUAUCACGAGCCACAGCCAGAGACCGAGGAAGAGGACUUCAGAGAGGGGGAGCCAAAGAGUGCUAAGAACGUGCAGCUGAAACCUGGCGGGACGGCCCUGGAAGGCAUUGCCAAGGAGUCCAAGAGAGACGUACCAAGCGAAACUGAACCAGGGAUUCCCCAAGAGGUAAAGUCGGAAAGAGAGAUGGGAGAGUUUUUCAAAGAUUUGGAGGCCCCUAUGGAUGAAACGCAUGAGUCAGACCUAGAACCACCAGAGGAGGCCAAACUAAAUGUUACAGAGGAUGUGUUCCUAGAGUCAGCUAUGGAAACAGAUCCAGUGCCACCAACGGAAACCAUGUCUGAGGUUUCAGGGGCCACAGUAAGAGAGAGAAAUUUAGAAUUACUAGAGGAGGGGACGGAACUGGGGGUUCCAGAGAAAUCACUUAGAGUGCAACAUGAAGAGACAGGUGUAGAGCCUCCAGAGCAGACCCAACUAGAUUUUCCAAGUGAGAAACCAGGAGAAUCACUUGAAGAGACAGAUCUUCAGCCACCAAAGAUGACCAAACCAGAUAUUCCAGAGGAGACACAAAGAGAGUCAACUGAGAAGAAAAGGACAGAGCCACCUGAGCAAGCGAGACCAGAAUUUCCAGAGAAGGAACCAAGAAAGUCUAGUGAGGAGGCAGGUCUAGAGCCUCCAGAAGAGACUCAACCAGAGGUUCCAGGGGAGAUGCAAAGAAAGGCAACUGAGGAGAAAGGGACAGAACUACCUGAGCGGACUAAACCAGACCUUCCAGACCACAAGUCAAGAAAGUCUACUGAUGAGAACGUCCCUGAGCCACUAGAAGAGAUCAAAUUAGAGUUUCCCGAGGAAGAAUCAAGAAAACCAAAUGAGGAAACAAUUCUAGAACAAUCAGAAAUGAUGAAACCAGAAAGUCCAGAAGAGAUAAGAAAAUCAAAUGAGGAAAAAAAUCCACAACCACCAGAGGAGACUGGUCUAGUGCCACCACAGGAAAUCAACCCACAAGUUGAAGAGAAAACACAAACAAAGCCAACUGAGGAGAAAAAUCUAGAGUUACCAGAUGAAACCAAACCAAGAGAGACACAUGUAGAAUUUCCCAAGGAAGACAGGCCGGAACCAAUCAAGUCUAAGUAUUCUGUAGGAAAGAAUGAGCUAGAGUUCCGUGAGCCUAAAAAAGGAAAGUGGUCACUAAGUGACGAAUUUAAAAAAGAAUACUAUGCAUUAGGAUCUAUCAGAGAAAGUGAAGAAUCAAUUGGUACACAUUACGAGUUUUCACAACUACUCCAAAAAUCGUUUGAUGUCAGUGAAGUAUGCUCAUACUUAGAUCCCUCAGAGUCUCUGACAGAAUUAAACGAGUUUGUUCAUGAAAAGGAAGUUGUAGAUUUGUCCCAAGACUUGAAGGAACUGGUCUCUGAAGAUGAUGAAACCCAGUCAAAACAAGGGACUGAGUUACAAUUUGAGCAUCUUAAUUGGGAUCCAGAGAAAGUUGCAGAGUGGAUUAGCCAGCUAGGCUUCCCUCAAUACAAGGAAUGUUUUAUCACAAACUUCAUCAGUGGCCGAAAACUCAUUCACGUCAACUGCUCAAACCUCCCUCAGAUGGGGAUAACAAACUUCGAGGACAUGAAGGCAAUUUCUCGACAUACGCGGGAGCUCCUGGAAAUUGAAGAACCAUUAUUCAAACGCUCCAUCAGCCUUCCCCAUAGGGAUAUUAUCGGCUUGUAUUUAGAGCAAAAAGGUCAUACGGGGAUAAAAUCUGAUGCCUUGACUUUAUCUGAAUUUGUCAAAGCAGCAGGAUUACAGGAUUAUGCACCAGAAAUAACUGCCCCUGAAGAGAAUGAGGAAUUACCUUGCACUGAACCAUAGGAGAAAGCCGCUUCACAGAGCUUGAAAGAUCAAACUAAAUUACUUGCGGGAAGAGGCCUUCCCUAUGGAUUUCAAGCUCUACCACUGGACAUGAAGACAACUACCUUAAUCAGACCCUCCAGCUGCCAUACUUGAGUGGAAGUACUCAAACAGAAAAGACAGGCUCUACUCCUCAGUACUUCUCAUCCAAUUUCUCUAACAGAGGCCAUAUAACAUAUCUCAGUAUUUGGUAACAUUAAAUGGAUUUCACUGAUAUAAUCGAAUUUCUAAACUUGAAGCCAGGAAAUCAUGUCACACGAGGAAUGGUUGAAACAACCAUGAGUGCUGAACCUAAAGAAGCAAGGACUACUUGGGAGACACUACACCUGUCUCAAAAGAUACAGGGAAGCAAGUUUCAGCUUAACAUAAGGAAGCACUUUCCAACAAUGAAGGCUGUCCAAAAACAAACUGAGCUGUUUCAAGAGCAACGGGCACCCUGUCACAGGAAUAUGCAGAGCUGGGUUUUGUAAUAAUUUAAAUUCUGGAUGAAAGCUUGCCCUGGAUCAGUGGUUCUUGGACUUUGGGGUUUCAAGGACCAGUAACACUGAAAAAAAUGCAUCAGGUCCCUAAAGUAUUGCUAUCUUUUUAUUACCUAAGGUCACAAAAAAAAAGGUACAACGCAUUUUGGUACCAAAUAAGAGGAGAAAAGUGAGGACAAUAAAAGAUAACAUUUCAAAUUAAAUAAAUUUGGCUUUGGGAAAAAAAUCUCUU